AUGGAUGAGAUUUGUAAUAUAUUAAAGGAAUACACAGAACUCGACAGUAGUAAUAUAAUUGAUUUAUUCAAAGAAUACAACACAUGUACAAAAGAUAAAACAGAAGUUCACACUAAACUCAAAGAGCUGGACUAUUCUAAACUAAUGGCCUUUGAUGCUAAUGGGUUGUAUGCCUCUGCUAUGUCAGAUUUAGACAGUGAAUAUCCUAAAGCUGAAAGUGGAAGACCUUUUCUACCAGAAGAAAAUGAAGAAUUUGUUAAGCUCUUUAAUGAACAGAAAUUGAGACCUAGAACGGCUAUUUUUAAAGUCUGGUUUAAAUAUCCUACCAACAUGUUCUUCCAACCCAUUCCAUCUAAAGAUAAAAUUACUUUUACAAAUAGAGAAGGAAAAAAGGAAACUGGCACUAAAAACAGAUUUAGAAAUGGUUUCUGUUAUGAUGUUUUAACAUCGAUUGAUAUUAAAGAAAUAGUUAAGGCUGGUGGUAAAAUACUCAAGAUGGAAUUAAGGAAUAAAUAUAAAGAAGAAGGAAAUAUUGUGGGUAGUAACUGCAUGAAAUUAUUAGGUAAUUCAUUGUAUGGUAAAUCUAUUCAGAAGGAUAUAACUACAUUGAGACAUCUAUGGAGUGAAGCAACUUUUAAAGCCAACUUCGAUUCACAUGUUAAAAACUAUGAAAAAGUAAAUGAGACUCAAUCUAUAGUUGAAAUAGAAGAAGAAGAAAAAUAA